AUGUCAAGUCGAACAACCAUAAAUUCACAGACUGAUCAGGGAAGAAUAUCAGCACAGCGAAAUAAAAAAGGUAAGAAGCAACAGAGGAAAGAGAUGGUGGAUCUCAGAACCCUCCUUAUCCAUUGUGCACAAGCAGUAUCUGUAAAUAAUCAUACCUUAGCGAGUGACAUUCUGAGUAUCAUUAGGCAAUAUGCUUCAACGAGUGGGGAUGAUUCUCAGAGGCUAGCAUUUUGCGUAGCGGACUGCCUUGAGGUACGAUUAGCUGGAACUGGGAGCCAACUGUAUCGCAAAUUGAUGGCUAAAAGAAGGAAUGCAGUGGGCAUUUUAAAGGUAUUCCAUUUAUGUAUAGCAAUAUGCCCUUUCUUGAGGGCACCGCAUUAUUUCUCAAAUAAGACCGUCAUUGAUGUCUCAAAGGGAAAACCUCGGGUGCACAUUAUCGAUUUUGGCAUUUGCUUUGGUUUUCAAUGGCCAUCACUAUUUGAGCAACUCGCAAAGAGGGAAGGUGGACCUCCUAAGGUUAGAAUUACAGGCAUUGAGCAACCCCAACCAGGUUUUCGACCAAACGAAUCGAGUACGAAUGCAGGACAGCGAUUGGCUGAUUAUGCUAGCAUGUUCAAUAUACCUUUUGAAUAUCAGGGAAUAUCAUCAAAAUGGGAAACCAUAAAGAUAGACGAUUUCAAGAUUGACAAAGAUGAUGUGCUCAUAGUCAACUGUAUAUACCGCCUGAAGAAUCUUGGUGAUGAGACAGUAUCCACAAACAGUGCCAGGAAUAGGGUUCUCAAUACCAUAAGAAUGCUGAAGCCAAAAGUUUUCAUCCAUGGAAUUGUGAAUGGAUCAUACAGUACCCCCUUCUUUCUAACACGUUUUAAAGAGGUCAUGUACCACUACAGUGCACUGUUUGAUAUUAUUGAUAAAACUCUUCCAUGGGAUGAUGAGGCAAGAAUGAUCCUAGAGAGGGAUAUCUAUCUGUCUGAAGUCCUAAAUGUCAUUGCAUGUGAAGGUUCAGAAAGGAUCGAGAGACCAGAGAGUUACAAGAAGUGGAAGCUACGAAACAAGAAGGCAGGCUUUGAGCAGUUACCACUGAAUCCGGACACCGUGAAAGGAACAAGAGCUAUGGUGAAACAAUAUCAUAAAGAUUUCGUCAUCAACGAAGAUGAUCAAUGGCUGCUGCUGAGAUGGAAGGGAAGGAUACUCUAUGGAAUAGCCACAUGGAAACCUAGUGAGUCAAACAAUGGCGACUGAGACCAAAGAUAUGCUACUGAACCACGAAAGCAGAGGUUAGAGAAUUGCAUGUAUCAGUAUUCUGUACCUGUGGUUUAUUCAUAGGUUUUAAUUGU